AUGUCCCUCGCCCAACAUGUCUCCGCGGUCGAAGGCAUUGACCACGAGCCCGAGCCCGGCGACGUGGCCUUUGACGACCGCGCUAGUCUGCUCAGUUUCCCCCGGCUCUCGCGCCAGCCCAGCAUCGCCCUGUCCAUCAGCUAUGAUCCCAUCCCUCCGGGCGGCGGGGACAAGGCUGCCGGAGCUCCCGAGAAGUUGGAGCCCAUUGCGGCGUAUGAGGUGUCGAGGGGGAUGAGGAUAGCGCAGGUAUCUGUCGGCGUGGUCUCGUGUGUCCUGGCGUCCGGCAUUGUCUUUGGCUUCGACGCCCUCAAAACCAUCCUGGUGGCCGAGGGCACGUACAGAAAUCUGUGUACCGAAGACGAGCUCAGAAAGAAUGUCCCGUUGUGCUAUAUGCAGGACCAAAGGUUAAACCUCACUUUUGUCAUCGCCUCCGUCACCACAAACAUCUCUGCCCUGCUGGUCGGGAGCAUCCUCGACCGCUACGGCCCGCGCGUCUGCGGGAUCAUCUCCUCCAUCUUCCUCGUCCUGGGCAGCAUUUGCAUGGCCUUUGCCUCGGAUCUCCCCUUUGACGCGUACAUCGUCGCGAGUUUCCUGCUCGCGCUGGGGGGCACGUUCACUUUCGUGCCCAGCUUCCACCUGUCGAAUGCGUUCCCGCGCUUCCAGGGCCUCAUCCUGGCGCUGGUCACAGGCGCCUUCGACGCCUCGGCCAGCGUCUUCCUGAUCUUCCGCAUCCUCUACCAACACACCCACGGCGCCAUCACCCUACGCCAGAUCUUCACGGUCUACCUGCUCGUGCCGGUGUUCAUCCUCAUCUCCCAGAUCACCAUCAUGCCCUCGCACAGCUACCAGACCCGCGGGGAGCUGGCCGAGAAGAUGGACAAGGCGCAGGACCCGACGACGGACGUGCACGACAGCGACGACGAGCUCGACGGGGCCAUGGAGAUCAUGCAGGUGCGGGCGGAGCGGGCGAACCGGCGGCGGCAGUCGAUCGCCUCGAUCACCGACCUGCUGGGCCCGCCGGCGGAGCAGAACCGGCACGAGAAGAAGGAGGACCAGAUCAGGGUCAACAGCGGGGUGUGGGGGAUCCUGCACGGCCUCCCCGCGAGCCGGCAGAUCCGCACGCCGUGGUUCGUGCUGAUCACGCUCUUCACGGUGCUGCAGAUGGCGCGGUUCAACUUCUUCAUCGCCACCAUCUUCACGCAGUACUCGUACAUGCUGGGCUCGGUCGAGGCCGCCACGCGGGUCAUCGAGUUCUUCGACCUGGCCCUGCCCGUGGGCGGCAUCGUGACGGUGCCCUUCAUCGGCGCGCUGCUCGACUACACGUCGACGGUCGCGGUGCUGAACCUGCUGGUGCUGCUGAGCACGCUGAUCGGCGUGCUGGGCGCCGUGCCCACCGCCUGGGCCGCCUACGCCAACGUCACGCUGUUCGUGCUGUUCCGCCCGCUCUACUACAGCGCCAUGUCCGACUACGCGGCCAAGAUCUUCGGCUACGCCACCUUCGGCACCGUCUACGGCGCCAUCAUCUGCCUCUCGGGCCUGUUCACCUUCACCCAGUCCGGCCUGCAGGCCCUGCUGCACGACGUCUUCGACGACGACCCGGAGCCCAUCAACCUUGGCCUCGCCACCGCGGGGCUCGUCCUGGGCGUCACCCUGGUCAUGUACGUCGACAUCAAGGGCCGCGCCCUGCACCGGGAGAGAGCUAUCGCCGCGGCCCAAGCUGCUGCCGCUGCCGGCGCGAACGACGAGCGACGACCACUCCUCGGCCCCCCGCGGUCUGCCUACGGAAGCGCCCGGAGCGUUAACAGCGCACUGGGCAUAAAUGGGCCAGGCGGCAUCGGCGCAGGCGGUGGAUUCGGCAACGCCGCCGGCUCUCUCCCCAAUGCCGCCUCCAGCGUCGGUGCUGGAGUCGGCGCUGGAGUCGGUGGUGUCGCUAGUGGUGGUGGUAGCGGCAUCUCCGCCGCCGCCGCAGCAGGUGGCGCCGCGGGCCUCAACUCCGGCAUGGGCGUGUCCAGCACCGUGUCCGAAGACCCCAACGCCGUCGGGGCGGCGGAGAGAAUGCGUCUCCUGCACGCCACGCCGAGCCGGCAGCAGUUGCAGCGGAACCUGUCCACCGUGCAGGAGACGCGGGAGCUCUAGAUGUCAACGCCGCCGCAUGUCGUGGAUUCCACGUACCUCAUCUGGGGUUGUGAAAAACUCCCGUCUGUUGCGUUUUAGCGUCUCUGAUUUCCGCUCUAUAUUUGCGUUUUGGUUCUGAAAAAGCACGGGC